AUGGUAGCUACUAACACUCACUUCUCAUACUCACCGCUCGAUACCUCACAACGUCAAUUCCGCCUGGUCCGCCUCCUUCCCGGUGGCAGCGAGAACAAGGUGAAAGCAGAACUGGCCUCGUUCUCCCUCGACGCAGAAGUCUCAUACAUCGCCCUAUCAUACCGCUGGGGUGCACCAACGCCACUCUAUAAGAUCCAGCUCAAUGGCCAACCAUUCGACAUACAGCCGAACCUUCAUGAGUUCCUGCAGUACGUCCGAGUCGACAAGAGCACGGAUUGGUACUUUAUAGAUGCCAUCUGUAUCAACCAGAACGACGCUGCUGAAAGGAGCAGCCAGGUUCGUCUCAUGGGUAAGGUCUAUAGUUCUGCCCAUUCCGUCACGGCCUGGCUGAGCGAUGCCACGGAUCGCAAGUUCCGAAGAAGAAUGGACACCUUCAUCGACACUUAUGGUACGGAUGAGAAGAUACAAGCUUCUCGAGAGGCCUUCGAGAACGAGAUCGUGGCCAUAGUCUGGUCCUGCAUCUACUGGACCCGCCUCUGGAUCAUCCAGGAGCUGGUGCUCGCCAAGCGGAUCGUGGUACAGCUCGAACACUAUCGUCUCACUUGGGUUGCGCUAGUAAGCGGUAUGCGCUCUUUCUUCGCCCGAGAAGUUGGAGAUCCGACGCUAUGGAUGACGAACGAGUGGUACCCUCUUAGCAACUCCAAUCGAAAUGCCCGGGUCAUGCUUGGGAUCAUGGAGAUCAGACGGCAACGAGCUGCAGUACUUUUACCUCAUGCGAUGAUCAUGUUUGGGCAGCAGGGUAGUGCGGUCUUGCAUGAUAAGGCUUUUGCGCUGCUUGGUAUUGCUAUCAGCUCAAUGCAGGUGGACUACGAUGCCCCAAUCUCACAGAUCUACAUUCGAGUCUUGAUCGAAGGGAUCAGACAGAUCGAGAUACAAGCCAGACAGCCGUACACCGCGACAGAUAUGCUUCGUAAAGUCGUUUGGAUGUCUGUCAUAUCUGCGACUACUGCUUUUGGUUGGACGACCAGCAACGAGACUGUCUGUCUCAUUGUUCAGGAAGUCACUUCUCGUGACGAUUUGCGGGUGAUACGCUCGCUUGGCUUCGGCGCUUCAGCAGUAUCGAGAUGGAAGUAUCCCAAAGGUCUCGGCUUUGUGUAUGAUGCUAUGGACCAGCUGGCAAGGACACCGUGGUAUUCUGAUUACAUCGAUAAAAAGCUGCAGCGGAAGCUGGAAAGACUUUCUGAGCAAAGUGAGCGGAUGCACCUGCCUGGUUGUGUGGAUGACGCUCGCACAGUCGCGGAGUGGAUUGCACUGAUUGAUGGAGUUCGGAGACAAGUCGAGACUGAUGUUGCUAGUCCUGGCUAUGCUGCGAAAGUUCGAAGUGCGCUGGUCCUGAACGAUAAUCACAGUGCUCUUGUAGAGCCGGAUAAGGUGGAAUGA